AUGGACAUGAAUCCCAACGGUGUUGCGUGCAUGGGACCUCCAUGUAGCAGCUGGGGUCUACCAGCACGGGGCACCAGCCAAAGAACCGUGAUGAACAUCUAUGGGAACAUCUUCUCACAUUGGGUGAGAAGCAAUACAGCCAUUGUAUCCAGGGCUGUGCUUCUGAUUCUGGUACUCCUCGCCAACAACUGCCUCUUCAUCUUGGAGCAGCCACGUCAGAGCCUGCUCAGUUCGCACCGGCGGUUCAACUGGUUGGUGAACUAUGUUGCUUACGUAUGUUCUUCGACCUUUUGGAUGCAGAAACACGGCCAUCCAUCACCAAAGCCAACAGUUUGCUACAGCAACAUGCCGGAGAUCUACAAGCUAGACUUGGGCAAGCUGACUAAAGUAGAACGGCUUGAGAACACAACGCUUAAGACCACAAGACUCUUUGAUGAAUUCUAUUGGCUUUUUGGAGUGGGGGCUUGA